AUGGUUACCAUCACAAUGUUCCUUCUCGUCUACGUCGCCCUGCUGUUCGGGCAAAUCCCUUCUUCCUUUGCUGCCCCCGAAGCACACAUCGAGGGCAUACAAACAACCACCAGAUCUUCCACCCUUACGGUUGGGGCACCGUCUCCCAAGAGCGUGGAGACAGUCACUGUCCACGAUACCCCGGCCCCAUCUCCAAAGACAGUAAUCAAGGUCGAACAGCCUGUGAACUCGGCAUCGCCACCCGCUGGAACCAAGACCGUGAUCAAAUCCACCAAGACGCCGGUUGACUUGACCGAGGAUUACAGUACUCGGUAUCCGUGGGAUCAGAACGGACUCAAGAGGAAAAUAGAAAUUAGGGAUGUCGGAAUUCAGGAGAUAGAGGUUCCUUCGGGUUGGACGCCUCCUGCGGGAUUCCCAACUUCCUUCCCGUAUGGCAGGAUUGGCAAGAGGGAAGAAAGAGACGUGGAGAGUGCCGAUAUUUACACGUCGUAUAGGACGUUUACGGUUAUUCCGCCCCCCGUCGCUGCCCCUCCUCCUCCUCCUCCUCCUCCCUCUCAGCCCCAGGCCCCACAGCUUCUCCCCGGCCAAAUCCCCACCACCCGCUCCGACAUCGACAACAUCGUCGUCAAGCAAGGCGAGUGGGAACCUGCGGACAUCAAGCAACUCCACAUUUUUGGCUGGGACGCCGACCACCCGGAGCUAGUAGCGAUAGGCGGCAAGUAUGCGAAUAUGGUGUCUACGCUUGUCAAGUCAACGCCACCGCCGCCACCUCCUUCAGCAGCUCCCCAACCGCAACAGCAGCAACAACAACAGCCUUCUGCUCAGCAGCAACAGCAGCAGGGAGUGCCACAUGGAACAUAUACCAUUGGCACAACCACCGUGCAGACGUUCGAGACGGUUGUUACUAAGGUGCGUACGUGGACAUCUACCAUAGUUAUACCAGAUGCAACAUCAAUAUCAGUAUCAGGAGCUGCACAACCUGCACCUGCACCAUCGAUGUUGACGAGCCUGGUUACCAUCCCUGCUGGACAGUUGGGGGGACUUAAUAAGGAACCGACGGUUUUAUCGGUUUUGGUGCCUGUUGAGAAACCUUCGGCUGCUGCUGCUGCUCCUGCUCCUGUGGCUUCGGCUUCGGCUGCCAACACUCCCGCUGUCCCUGCUGCUCCAGCUCCUCCUCCUCCCCCUCCCCCUCUUGCUGCUCCUCAGGUAAUCUCUACUUCAUACAAAAUUCUUUCCCUUGUACACAACACUCCCGCCGCUCCAGCUGCCCCUGCUCCCGCCGCUGCUCCUGCUACAACUCCCGCCGCCGCUCCUGCUCCUCCUGCUACAACUCCAGCUCAGGUAGAGCAAGCACCCAGCUCGAACUCGGCCUCAGCAUCGGUAAACGAGCAAUCGGCAUCGGUAUCACAAGGCUCACAGGCUCAGGCCCAGGCCCAAGCACAAGCACAAGCACAAGCACAAGCACAAGCCCAGGCCCAGGCACAAGCACAGGCCCAGGCACAGGCGAGCCCAAAGGUACAGGAGGAGAAGAUGGAGGGGGAGAAGAAAAAGGGAGAUAAUGUGUGGGGAACGGUGGUGCCGGGCCAGAAUGUGGUUGUGGGUGGGAAGACGAUGGAAGUUAUGACGGUUAUGGCUGGUGGGCCUUAG